AUGCCAUCAACUCCAACAAUUGAAAAUAUCACAGCAGCACCAUCAACAUUUCUACCACCUUUGACGUUCAUGCUGCAGAUGAUCGAAACGAAAGCCCUUACCGCUGGUCUGAAUGACAAAAAACCCAAAUUAUUCUCAUUAACUCCCACUGUGUCAAUCAAAUGGAAGCAUGUCAGCAUCAAUGAAAAGGCCCUAUGCUGUUUGUCCAGACAGUCCAUUGGCAACGGGUCCUAUGCUAAAAAUCUCGAUAUCUUCUUUAAUGAAUUUAAUUUUGCAAAGCUCGGAUAUGAAACCCUACAAGACCUUGUAGGAGCUCCAGCCAACUCUAAGGACAUUUUCAAUUGUGCCAUCCACACAGAUAGCUUUGCUGUCACUUUCCUUUUUGUCAGGGCCAAGAAAAAGAACAGUGACAUACCUUUGCUUACACUUGAAGAUUUCACUCACGAUGAGAUUGAACGGUACUUCGUACCAGUUACUAUCGAUUCUGGUCGCAAUCAAAUAUUCACUGCUGCUGUAGGCUACGACAGCGUUCAUCAUCAAGUUCGUUCAUGUAGCAAAGAGGAACGAGCCAACAUUGCUGGUUACACCAGGCGUGCAAAGAUAGUCGACAAUAAGAAAAAUAUAACCGGCUUAAAGGACAUCGAAUCGGAGAUGCCAACCAGCAAAACGGUUCACUCGGAUGGGUAAUAUCUACUCUACGUCUCAUACGUUUUGCAACAUCUCCAGGCU